CAGGAACACUGAUGCCAGCAAUUUAAGGAUCUUCACAUUUGCUCUCAGUGGUAGUUAAAUAGUGUUGCCCCAGAGGCAGCGCCGCCUUCCCCAGCCAUGAGGCUUCCCCUGCUCUGUGCCUGGGUGAUGCUGACGAGCCUGGGCCUGAGCGGAGCCGUCAGCUUCCCCGAGGACGAGGACCCCAUUAACGUCGUGGACUACCACUAUUCAAGGCAAUAUCCAGUAUUUAGAGGACGCCCUUCAGGCAAUGAAUCUCAGCACAGACUGGACUUCCAACUGAUGUUGAAAAUUCGAGACACACUUUAUAUCGCUGGCAGGGAUCAAGUUUACACUGUAAACUUAAACGAAGUUCCAAAAUCAGAAGUUACUCCAAGCAAGAAAUUAACAUGGAGAUCAAGGCAGCAGGACAGAGAGAACUGUGCUAUGAAAGGCAAACAUAAGGAUGAAUGCCAUAACUUCAUUAAAGUCUUCGUUCCAAGAAAUGAUGAGAUGGUGUUUGUCUGUGGAACAAACGCGUUUAAUCCUAUGUGCAGAUACUAUCGGCUGAGCACCUUGGAAUAUGACGGGGAGGAAAUUAGUGGUCUGGCAAGAUGCCCGUUUGAUGCCAGACAAACCAAUGUCGCCCUCUUUGCUGAUGGAAAAUUGUAUUCAGCAACAGUAGCAGAUUUCCUGGCAAGUGAUGCUGUUAUUUAUCGCAGCAUGGGGGAUGGAUCUGCCCUAAGAACAAUAAAGUAUGAUUCCAAAUGGAUAAAAGAGCCACAUUUCCUCCAUGCCAUAGAAUACGGGAACUAUGUUUAUUUCUUCUUUCGAGAAAUUGCUGUAGAGCACAAUAAUUUAGGCAAGGCUGUGUAUUCCCGGGUGGCUCGCAUAUGCAAAAAUGACAUGGGAGGGUCCCAGAGAGUCCUGGAAAAACACUGGACCUCCUUCCUGAAGGCUCGGCUCAACUGCUCCGUUCCUGGGGAUUCAUUCUUCUACUUCGAUGUGCUGCAGUCCAUCACAGACAUCAUAGAAAUCAACGGGGUCCCCACCGUCGUCGGUGUGUUCACCACGCAGCUUAACAGCAUCCCCGGGUCAGCAGUGUGCGCUUUCAGCAUGGAUGACAUUGAGAAGGUCUUCAAAGGGAGAUUUAAAGAACAAAAGACUCCUGACUCUGUAUGGACGGCUGUACCUGAAGACAAAGUACCAAAGCCAAGACCUGGCUGCUGUGCAAAACAUGGCCUAGCAGAGGCUUACAAAACCUCCAUUGAUUUCCCAGACGAAACGCUCUCCUUCAUCAAGUCUCAUCCUUUGAUGGAUUCAGCUGUCCCCUCAAUCAUCGAGGAGCCCUGGUUUACAAAAACACGUGUCAGAUACAGGUUGACGGCAAUUGCAGUAGACCAUGCUGCUGGACCCUACCAGAACUACACAGUCAUAUUUGUUGGCUCUGAAGCAGGAGUAGUACUUAAAAUCUUGGCAAAGACCAGAUCUUUUUCUUUGAAUGACAGUGUAUUACUGGAAGAAAUUGAAGCUUAUAAUCAUGCAAAGUGCAUCGCUGAGAGCGAGGAGGACAGACGAGUGCUCUCCCUGCAGCUGGACAGGGAGCACCACGCGCUCUUCGUGGCCUUCUCCAGCUGCGUCGUCAGGAUUCCUCUGAGUCGGUGCGAGCGGCACGGAGCGUGUAAAAAGUCAUGCAUUGCUGCCCGGGACCCGUACUGCGGCUGGUUAGACCACGAGGCUUGUGGACGAGUGACGCCAGGCAUGCUCACUGGAGGGUUCAUCCAGGACGUAGAAUACGGCAACACAGCGCAGCUUGGGGACUGCCAUGAAAUUUUGCCUACUACAGCUACACCAGAUUACAAAAUAUUUGGCGGCCCAACAUCUGACAUGGAGUUCUCCUCAGCUUCCAUUACCACAAUGGCAAGUAUCCCAGUUAUAUCACCUAAAGUGAUUGGUUCCUGGAAACCUAAAGUGCCUGGCUCUCGGAAAUUUGUAGUUCAAGAUGACCCAAACACUUCUGAUUUUUCUGAUCCAUUAUCAGGUGUCCCAAAGGGUGUAAGGUGGGAAGUGCAAUCAGGAGAUUCCAACCAAAUGGUACAUAUGAAUGUCCUAAUCACUUGUGUCUUUGCUGCUUUUGUCCUGGGAGCCUUUAUUGCGGGAGUGGCUGUUUACUGCUACCGGGAUAUGUUUGUACGGAAAUCCAGAAAAAUACACAAAGAUGCAGAAUCGGCCCAGUCCUGCACUGACUCCAGCGGGAGUUUUGCCAAACUGAAUGGGUUGUUUGAUAGUCCCGUCAAGGAGUAUCAACAAAACAUCGAUUCACCCAAGCUCUACACAAACCUGCUGACUAGCAGAAAGGAGCUGCCACCCAACGGUGAUACGAAGGCCAUGAUGAUGGACCCCCGGGGCCAGCCUCCCGAGUUAGCCGCGCUGCCAACCCCUGAAUCUACACCCGUCCUUCAGCAGAAGACCAUGCAGGCUAUGAAGAGUCAGUCGGACAAAGCGCAUGGCAACCUCAACGCCUCGCGAAAGGAAGCCCCGCUAAAAAGCCCUCAGUUUUUUCCUUCCAGUCCUCCACCCCAUUCUCCUCUAAGUCACGGACAUAUUCCCAGCGCCAUCGUCCUUCCCAACGCGACCCAUGAUUACAACACGUCGUUCUCAAAUUCUAAUGCACACAAGGCAGACAAAAAGAUGCAACAUAUUGAUCACCCACUUACAAAACCAUCCAGCAAAAGAGACCACAGGCGAUCUGUUGAUUCCAGGAACACCCUGAAUGAUUUUCUGAAACACUUAAAUGAACCUAGUAGUAAUCCCAAAGCAAUUAUGGGAGAUAUUCAAGUGGCCCACCAGACUUUAAUGCUGGAUCCAAUGGGAAAUAUGUCUGAGAUCCCACCUAAAGUUCCCAACAGGGAGGCAUCUUUAUACUCUCCUCCCUCGACGCUCCCACGGAACAGUCCCACCAAGCGGGUGGAUGUUCCCACCACGCCUGGAGUACCCAUGACCUCUUUGGAAAGGCAAAGAGGGUAUCACAAAAAUUCCUCACAAAGGCAUUCUAUAUCUGCCCUUCCUAAAAACUUAAACUCACCAAAUGGUGUUUUUAUUAACCGUGGCGGGUACAUGCCCGCCACGGCAGGCACAAAGAUGGACUACAUGCAAGGGACGCCCGUCAGCGUCCACCUGCAGCCUUCUUUGUCCAGGCAAAGCAGUUACACGAGCAACGGCACCCUUCCUCGCACAGGCAUAAAGAGGACACCCUCCCUAAAACCCGACGUGCCCCCAAAACCCUCGUUCGUUCCUCAGACCACUUCAGUCAGACCACUGAACAAAUACAGCUACUAGGACUUGUCUGUGCUAGGAAGGAGCGUGGCAUCGACCUGUGUAGGUUGUGAGAUGCUCUUUGUUGUGGGAGACACGUAAGACAGAGACUUGCUUGUAAUUAAAAAGAACAAAGUGGCCAAAGAAACUGUCUUUACUUCAGCAACAUCUGUGUCUUGCCACCAUGUAGCUAUAGCAAGACUUUGUGCACUUGCUAGGAGCAAGCAAA